GCAGUGACGUGUGCGCUGGCGCGUUAGAUGCGCGUGCGCGUGCUGCCGGCGCGAACGCGUUCCUUUUUUUAAUAUUUUUAAAACCGUUUUUGUAACGUGCCAGUGCGUGCAGUGAAGUGUAUAGUUGAUGGGAAUUGGGAAUUAGGAAUAGACAGCAACAAGGCACAAUGCCGCGCUUCAAGACGAUACUCGUGACCGGCGGAGCCGGCUACAUAGGCAGCCACUGCGUUGUAGACUUAGUCCAGGCUGGACACGAAGUUGUGGCUAUCGACAACUUCGCAAACGCAGUGGGGGAUGAUGAAGGGUCACCAGCGCUGAGGAGGGUGGAAGAGAUCACAGGGAAGAAGGUCACGUUUUACAAGGCGGAUCUGCUUGAUAAGCCGCAGAUCAGGGACAUUUUUGACAAGCACCCAAUAGACUGCGUCAUUCACUUUGCGGCGUUGAAAGCGGUCGGGGAAUCUAUGCAGCAGCCCCUUCUGUACUACCAGAACAACCUGCUUGGAAUGCUCAACCUACUCGAGAUAAUGCGUUCACACAACUGCUUCCAAUUGGUAUUCUCAUCAUCAUGCACCGUGUACGGCGAGCCGAAACAUCUGCCGAUCACAGAAGACCAUCCAACGGGGAGCAUCACGAAUGUCUACGGCAGGACCAAGUACUUCAUUGAAGAGAUGCUCAAGGAUCUGAGCACAGCUGAUAAGAGAUGGAACAUAAUAUCACUGCGCUACUUCAACCCCGUUGGCGCUCAUCCUUCCGGCCUGAUAGGCGAAGACCCGACCAAGGAGUUCACAAACCUGAUGCCUUUCAUGGCGCAAGUGGCUCUGGGCAAGAAGCCAGUUCUCACGGUCUUCGGGAACGAUUAUCAGACUCCUGAUGGCACUGGUGUGCGAGACUACAUCCACGUCAUGGACCUGGCCAGCGGACAUGUUGCAGCUUUGAACCUACUCAGCGAAAACCACGUUGGACUUAAGGUCUACAACCUUGGCACCGGCCGUGGCGUGUCCGUUAAAGAGUUAGUAGAUGUGUUCGAGAAGGUGACCAACACGAAAAUCCCUCUAAAGUACGAGGAGAGGAGAGUGGGAGAUAUCACCGCUAUGUGGGCGGACGCGACGCUCGCCAAGAACGAGCUCAACUGGGUCACCAGGCAUACCAUCGAGGAGAUGUGCACUGAUUUCUGGCGAUGGCAGACGAUGAACCCGGAUGGCUACCCCAAGAAAAACGUUAAGACCAGUGUCAUUGUGAACGGAAAGAGUUAAUUCACUUGGACACUACACUAUGAACUAUGUUACGCAUACUUACUAUUAAUAAACUAGUAUAUUUAA